AUGGCGUUUGCUGAACUCCUGGACCGAGUGGGCGGCCUGGACAGGUUUCAGGUUCUCCAGACAGUGGCCCUGGUCAUCCCCAUCAUGUGGCUCACCACCCACGGCAUGCUGGAGAACUUCUCCGGGGCCGUGCCCGGCCAUCGCUGCUGGGUGCCCCUCCUGGACAACAGGACAGCCCAGGCCAGUGCUCCGGAGACUCUGAGCCCCGAGGCCCUGCUGACAGUCUCCAUUCCGCCUGGCCCCAACCAAGAACCCCACCAGUGUCGCCGCUUCCGCUACCCACAGUGGCAGCUCCUGGAACCCAAUGUCACGGUCAACUGGAGUGAGGCCGCCACAGAGCCCUGCAUGGAUGGCUGGGUCUAUGACCACAGCACCUUCACCUCUACCAUCGUAACCCAGUGGGACCUGGUAUGUGAAUCUCAGGCCCUAAAGCCCAUGGCCCAGUCCAUCUACCUGGCCGGGAUCCUGGUGGGAGCUGCCGUGUGUGGGCACACCUCAGACAGGUUUGGGCGCAGGCUGGUGCUGACCUGGAACUACCUGCAGUUGGCCGUGAUGGGCACGGCGGCUGCCUUCACCUCCACCUUCCCUCUGUACUGUCUGCUCCGCUUCCUGCUGGCCUUUGCCUUGGCGGGCAUCAUGAUGAAUACGACCACUCUCUUGACGGAGUGGACAUCAGCACCGGCCCGGCCUUUGGCAAUGACUUUGAACUCCCUGGGCUUCAGUUUUGGCCAUGUCCUAAUGGCCGCUGUGGCUUACGGUGUGCGCCGCUGGACCCUGCUACAGCUGACAGUCUCCGCCCCUUUCUUCCUCAGCUUUGUGUACUCUUGGUGGCUGGCAGAGUCGGCACGCUGGCUCCUCAUCACGGGCAGGGUGACCCGGGGCCUGCAAGAGCUUCAGAAGGUGGCCACCAUCAACGGGAAGAGGGCAGCAGGGGAGGAGCUGACUUUAGAGGUCUUGCUCUCCGCCAUGCAGGAGGAGCUGAACGUGGGCCAGGCUCAGGCAAGCCUGUCUGCCCUAUUCCUCACACCUGGACUUCGCCAUCGGACCUACCUCUCCAUACUGUGCUGGUUUGCUUUUGGCUUCACCUUCUAUGGCCUGGCCCUGGACCUGCAGGCUCUAGGUAGUAACAUCUUCCUGCUCCAAGUCCUUAUUGGGGUGGUGGACAUCCCAGCCAAGAUUGGCACCUUGCUGCUACUGAACCGCCUAGGCCGUCGUCCCUCGCAGGUGGCAUCCCUGGUGCUGGCCGGGCUCUGCAUCCUGGCCAACACGAUGGUGCCCCGUGACAUGGGCGCCCUGCGCUCAGCCCUGGCAGUACUGGGGCUCGGUGGAGUGGGCGCCUCCUUUACUUGUGUCACCGUCUACAGUAACGAGCUUUUUCCCACCGUGCUCAGGAUGACCGCCGUGGGCCUGGGUCAGAUGGCGGCCCGUGGGGGGGCCAUCCUGGGGCCCCUGGUCCGACUGCUGGGUGUGUAUGGCUCCUCACUGCCUCUGCUGGUCUACGGAGCAGUCCCCCUGCUGACCGGACUGGCCGCGCUGCUGCUGCCUGAGACUCGGAAUGUGCCGCUGCCCGACACCAUCCAGGACGUGCAGAGGCAGGCAGAGAAGAAAGCAGCCCACGGCACACAGGGACACCCUGUCCUGAAGUCCACGCAGUUGUAG